AUGGAAAACUACCAGAAGCUCGAAAAAGUCGGCGAAGGUACCUAUGGCGUUGUUUACAAGGCUCGCGACCUCAACAAUGGCGGCCGCAUCGUCGCUUUGAAGAAGAUCCGCCUCGAGGCCGAGGAUGAGGGGGUUCCGUCGACCGCCAUCCGAGAAAUCUCGUUGCUCAAAGAGAUGCGCGACCCGACCAUCGUGCGUUUGUUUAAUAUCGUCCAUGCCGACGGUCACAAGCUCUAUCUCGUCUUCGAGUUUCUCGACCUCGACCUAAAGAAGUACAUGGAAGCCCUGCCUGUCAGCGAAGGCGGGCGAGGCAAGGCACUCCCCGAGGGCACCGGGGCCCAGCUGCACGGGCUGGGUCUUGGAGAGGGCAUGAUAAAGAGGUUCAUGAGCCAGCUGUGCACGGGUGUGCGCUACUGCCAUAGCCACCGCGUCCUGCACCGCGACCUCAAGCCUCAGAACUUGCUGAUUGACCGCGAGGGAAAUCUGAAGCUGGCCGACUUUGGAUUGGCUCGCGCUUUUGGCGUCCCUCUUCGCACCUACACCCACGAGGUUGCGGGCCGCCAGUAUUCGACCGGCGUGGACAUGUGGUCCGUCGGAUGCAUCUUUGCCGAGAUGUGCACGCGCAAGCCGCUCUUCCCCGGCGACUCGGAGAUUGACGAGAUCUUCAAGAUCUUCCGCCUCCUUGGAACCCCGACCGAGGAGAUCUGGCCCGGCGUGACCAGCUAUCCCGACUUCAAGUCUUCCUUCCCUAAGUGGGCGCGCGACCCCACGGCAGCCCUCUGUUCCAACCUGGACGACGCAGGUCUCGACCUCCUCGAGAUGAUGCUCGUCUACGACCCCGCCGGCCGCAUCUCGGCUAAGCAGGCCUGUAACCACCCGUACUUUGAAGACCUCGAGACCCACCUCCGCACGCAGUACCAUGGCAGCAGUCACCACUAG